GGGGCCCCCCGGGCAAUAGGGGAUCAUGGGGCCCCUGUGUCCUUGCCCAAACUCAAAAAAGCCUAUGAAAAAGUAAAGACAAUUGUGUAUGAUACACAGUGUAUUGUCAAACUAAAUGUCAUCCAUUUAGGGUUUAGCUACACUUAAAAGCUGAACUGCAGCCAGGGGAGGACUGACAACUUAUGGGGCACCCGGGCAAUAGGGGAUCAUGGGGCCCCUGUGUCCUUGCCCAAACUCAAAAAAGCCUAUGAAAAAGGUACCGGGGCAUUUCAUGGGGCCCCCUACUGACCCCGGGCCCUCGGGCAGUGCCAGAGUUUCCAAAUGGUCAGUCCGCCCCUGACUCCAGCC